GACCGGAUUUUCAGAAAUUUAUACCUCUGCAAGUAACUGUUUGUUUGCAUCUAACUGACAAGAGCUUCAGUUCCAUUUAAAAAAAGAAACAGAACUGCCAAGAAAGAGAGCCUCAUCAGAGCCUGAGACUUCAAACAUGGUUUCUUGUUCUGUUAAUAGCGUCAAUGAUCCCACUAGGGAGACAAAUGACGAGCUAUUAAAACAGCACAAGAAUGUUCCUAAAAGACUGAAAUGUUCAGUACACAACUAUGAUUGGGGCAUUGUUGGCAAAAAUUCUCAGGUGGCAAGGCUCUUCUCUCUCAAUUCUGGCUCUGAUAUUGACCCAGGUAAGCCUUAUGCCGAGUUCUGGAUUGGAACUCAUAAAUCUGGUCCUUCUUUUGUGGAUCAUGGUAAUGGAAAUGGAUCAUUGAGUUUAAAAAAAUGGAUCUUGGAGAAUCCCUAUAAAGUUCUUGGAGACAAGGUUAUGAAGAAAUGGGGUGGUGAUCUUCCUUUCUUAUUCAAGGUAAUUUCUGUAGGGAAAGCCUUGUCUAUACAAGCCCAUCCAGAUAAGGAAUUGGCAAAGGCCCUGCACAAGGCUCAGCCAAGUAUUUAUAAGGAUGAUAAUCACAAGCCUGAGAUGGCAUUAGCACUUACAGAAUUUGAGGCUCUUUGCGGAUUUAUCAGUGUAAAGGAGCUUAAGAACAUGCUAUGUACUUUUCCUGAGAUUGUAGAAUUGGUUGGGGAUAGCAAUGUGAAGCAAUUUUUACACAUGAAUGAGCAAGAUAGGGAUGAUAAAGGAAAAACAUUUCUGCAAUCUAUCUUCAGUCAAAUUGUUCUGUCAAGCAGUGAUGAAAUUUGUGAACUGAUCUCUAACAUGAAAAGGCGGUUGCAUCUGGAAAUGCAGGAAAGGGAGUUGACAGAUAAAGAGUGGUUGGUGCUGAGAUUAGAGAGUCAAUACCCAGCUGAUGUAGGUGUCAUGGCUGCAUUUUUGUUGAAUUAUGUGAAGCUGAGCCCUGGUGAAGCAUUGUAUCUAGAAGCAAAUGAACCUCAUGCUUAUGUUGGUGGUGAAUGUAUUGAGUGUAUGGCCAACUCAGAUAACGUUGUUCGUGCCGGCCUUACCCCCAAGCAAAGGGAUGUCCAGACUCUUCUUUCUAUGCUCAAAUAUAGACAGGGUUUUCCUGAAAUUCUGCGAGGUGUUCCAUUGAGUCCAUUCACAACAAGAUAUCGCCCACCCCUCGACGAAUUCGAAGUAGACCUCUCAAUUCUUCCCGAGGCAGCAUCAGUAGUUUUUCCUUCAAUUCCAGGACCAUCUCUUUUCUUAAUCAUCAUGGGGAGAGGGACAAUUGAUGCAGGAUUUUGUGAUGGUGAGAUAGUCAAAGAGGGCGAGGCAUAUUUUGUGCCUGCCUAUACAGAGAUCAGGAUAACAGCCAAAUCAACGAAGCUGCACUUGUACAGAGCUGGAGUAAACAGCAGAUUCCUUAAGGAUUCUUCCAUUUAGAUACCAAGAUUAGUGAAUAUACGUCAUAUACACAAAAAUACAAAAGUACAAAAAGGGUGGUCCUAUAUUGUAUCUUAAUUAAUUUUGAACACAGAGUUAUGGCUAUUUAAUAAUUCAUUGUUCUUACAUAUAAAUGAAGAUGUUGAAGUGAAAA